AAGUAUCUAAAUGGUACUGAUCGUGUCACGGACGGUCUCGGAAAUCAUCCUGUGGGAAUCCUCAUUUAUCACCCUCUUGGCUAUGUCUCCGUAAAUCUGUGGUCCAUUGAUCCUGGCGCCAUCCCAGGUCCCGCCGAUGAAUACAACGACGUCGAGUGGGCACUUAUUGGACAUCAUAUGCUCUCUGAUGCAGGGCCCUUGCAGGUCUGGGAGGGAAGCAAUGAAACAAGAGGGACGCUCACGCAUGGGCCUUUGGUGAUGUCAUCAUACCCGAAGUGGGUAGUGACGGAUCAGACCAGAAACUAUACCGUGUCGGCAAAGGCGUAUGAAGGAAGGGAUGUGUUGUUGUUAUGGGUGCAGAACAUCGAAAAGGAUUCGUUGUCGAGCCUGUAUUGGGCAAGAGCUGCAGAAAAUGGGUCAAGCUGGGCGACAUGA